AUGUCUCGAGCGUGCCUUAGUGAUUUCUCCCUUUCUAUUGACCAGGGCUUUCAAUUUAUCGAACGAAUUGGAACUACUUUGGUGGAAACACCUUCCAAUGCUAAAGAAGAUCGUAUGGAAGGUAAUGCUAUUGCGAUAUCGGAGGUUACCGAAGCCUUACCAGCGACAGGAACUCAGGAAAGAGGGUCUAGUGCAGUGAGUGGCUCUCAAAACGCACUCGCGGAAGCGUGGAGUAUCGACUUCAGCACCCCUAAACUGCGUCGAAGGACCUGUGCCAAGGAAAGGCAUGCAUUGUUAGAAGGUUGGCUACGCCAUUCAGAAAGAAAGAAUGAUGCCGGAACGAACCGCUCUCUUUCUUUACAAAAAGGCUCACAAGAGGAACACUCUUGUAGCCAGAAGAAAAGUCAUAUUUCAACGGACAGCGAAGGAAACAUUGCCGCUGUUUCCACAUCGGUGCAUGCGCUUCAUGUAGUCAAUGUAGACGGCCUUGAAGAUAGGAACACUAUUGUUCCAACUAAUCUGCACACUAAGCGUGCUGACCUAGAGAAGCGCCUAGUUCUACGCCUGCCACGCCUCCUGUGUAUAAGCAAGCAAUAUCCUCGUAGUUGCGGGAUUACCUCCUUAACCUCGAUUUAUAAUUACCUCUAUAGCUGUAUCGGAGAGACUGCGGCUUAUUCUCACGUGCCGCCAGUUACUCAAGAGGAGGUCAUGACGAUCCUCGGAUUUGAACCACCCUUUGGGGAAAUACAAUGGGGGGGCUUCACGGGGAAUACGACCCUGAUUCGAUGGUUCCAUGCACUGAAUCGAUACUUCGGUCGGAAGGGUUUUGGCAGUGCGUACAUAUUGUAUAAAGCACAUGGACAGGGUAAGACAACACAUAUGUAUGAAAGCGAUGAGGAAGUGUUAGAUGCCGUCAAAAAAGCCCUCUCGGACCCAUGUUGUGCACUGAUUUAUCACUGUUAUAAUCAUUACAUGGUGCCAGUGGGCUAUCAGGUCAUCCCUAUCGCACAAACAGAUUUCUACAGUCCACAAGUCGCGGCAGAAAACUGUGAAACAACAAUUUUUAUUGGUGAAGUCAGUAGGGGAAAACAUGAAGCGAUGUACGCGCGAAAAUGGUCGCUCAUCAAGAAGGAUAUUGAAUGCCAGUCGCCCUACUUUUUCAAUAUCCGGCACCCAGAGCAAGGGGUUCAGCUGAAGACAGCAAAAGCUCGGCAUCACGGCGUCAGCGCCACGGGAAAACAACAGGUUGAAGGUGAAAAUGAGAAUGCAUGUAUUCAGGAAGAGGUCACUAAUGCCCCCAUACUCUCUUCUGAAUGCAAUGUGAGCUCUCAAGCACAGCGAGAUGAUAAGGCGUCCACUAAUGGAGAUGCAGCUGUUUUUGCUGCCGCCCCACCACUUCCACCUGUGCGCGGCUCACUUUGCAUUUCAACACAGGAUUGUACUAACGGCGGUGAUGUUGUCCAUAACCCAACUAGCUUCGCGAUGCGAACGGGGGGAGGACUUGAGGCGACUAGUCUUAAAACAGAUGUGGGUGCAGUAGAAGAUGGUGACGGACCAUCAAGUCUGCGUGUUGCACAAACGACUGCACCGUCACCUGUUAUAGCUUCCCCUAUCACAAAAAAGGCAAAAUCCAAGCGUGAACCCGGUAAUUUGCACUGCUUGAUAGCCUUUAGAAAUGACAGAAUGGAGGAUAAUUUGAGCAAAUAUGAGCUAUUCAGUAGCGAUAGUUCAAUUUCUUUGAGUGACGUUUCUGAGGAGGACAGAAAGUCUUGA